UGACGGAAUCAGUCGUGGUUUAUCAACCGAGCCGGUUAAAUCUGAGAAAGCAAAGUGUAGAUGGUUAAAAGCCGUGCGCAUUCUUCUCCUUUUCCUCAUUCGUUCGUAAUUUCGAUCUUAUCCUUCUUAUUAUAUCCGUCCUAAAGCUUAUAAUUUAGUUAUUAAUCAUAACUAAACUACGACUCAAUUGAAAUCUUUUCAAAUUCGACACGGACUAUCUUUUCUUUCAUCUAUUUUUCAUAUUGAUCGACAGAUGAAUUUUCGUUAAGUAUUUCGACGUUUAACAUUUAUUUAUUAUUUAUAAUUCGAUUAAGAAGGAACGAAAAAGAAAAUAAAGAAAAAGUCGAAGAUAUUCCUAUGAAGAUAAUCUUUUAAUCGAAAAAUAUCAAAGAAGAUACGGAUCUAAGAGAGAGAAAAAGAUCGCGAUACGUUGAAAGAUAGGAAUUAUUUCAAAAAUGGCAGACAGGAUAUACCAUCCGAAUCGUGACCUGGCGCGAAAUGCUUACUGUUCGAGUAUGGAACAAUACAGGCUGAUGUAUAACAACUCUGUGAAAAAUCCAGUCAAGUUCUGGAGCGAGAUCGCGAACAAAUUUUAUUGGGAAACUCCGGCGACUGAUGACAAAUUUUUUUCAUAUAACUUCGACGUGUCCAAAGGCGAAAUAUUUAUUAAAUGGAUGGAAGGCGCCAAAACCAAUAUCAGUUUCAACCUACUCGACAAGAACGUGAACGAUGGCAAGGGCGACGAAAUAGCAUUUCAUUGGGAAGGUAACGAUCCGAACGACCAUUCGAAAAUAUCCUAUAGAAAGUUGCUAUCAAAGGUAUGCAAAUUUGCAAACGUUCUGAGGUCGAAGGGAGUGACAAAAGGAGACAGAGUGGUCAUUUAUAUGCCAAUGAUUCUCGAGCUUCCUAUCGCGAUGUUGGCUUGCACAAGAAUCGGUGCGAUUCACUGCGUAGUCUUCGCAGGAUACUCGUCCGAUGCCUUGGCAGAACGUGUAUUAGAUGCCAAAGCGAAGAUUCUCAUAACUGUUAAUCUAGCCAAGAGGGGAGAGAAGUUAUUGUUUCCUAAAUAUAUAUGCGACAGUGCUAUGGAAAAAGUUGCAUCGCAUGGUCAUAAUGUCGAGACAUGCAUAGUAGUUUCUCAUUCGACCAGAUUGACCAACAAACGUCCUAGUUUGGACGAAAAUGGCACUGGAUCCUGGAAUGCCGAACGUGACUGUUGUUGGCACGUAGAAAUGGAGAAAGUGGAAAGUAAAUGCGAGCCAGUGUGGAUGGACGCGGAAGAUCCACUUUUCAUUCUCUAUACCAGCGGUUCUACUGGUAAACCAAAAGGAGUCCUUCAUACAAUGGCAGGUUACAUGAUUUACGCGGCAACAACGUUCAAAUAUGUUUUUGAUUAUCAUCCUGGAGAUAUCUAUUGGUGUACCGCAGAUAUCGGUUGGAUUACUGGUCACACUUACGUCGUUUAUGGCCCACUGGCUAAUGGUGCGACCUCGGUCCUAUUCGAAGGUACACCGUUCUAUCCCGAAAACGAUCGAUACUGGGUGAUCGUAGACAAGUACAAGGUCACUCAAUUUUAUACGUCUCCAACCGCGAUCAGAUCGCUCAUAAAGUUUGGGGACGAGUUCGUAAAGAAGCAUAAUUUGUCAAGUUUGAAGGUUCUCGGCUCGGUCGGCGAGCCGAUUAAUUCCGAAGCUUGGUUGUGGUUAUACAACUUGGUUGGUCAUGGCAAGUGUAGUAUCGUCGAUACAUUCUGGCAAACGGAAACUGGUGGUCACGUCAUCACACCACUACCAGGUGCGACCCCAAUGAAGCCAGGAUCAGCGAGCUUUCCCUUCUUUGGAGUACUACCGGAAUUAUUGGAUGAAGAUGGUCAUGUGAUCGAGGGCGAAGGAGAAGGAUAUCUCGUUUUUCGACAACCUUGGCCAGGCAUGAUGAGAAGUCUCUUUGGGAAUCAUCAACGUUUUCAAAGUACCUACUUCGAUAGAUUUCACGGAUAUUAUUGCACGGGCGAUGGUGCCAGACGAGACGCAGAUGGUUAUCUAUGGGUAAUUGGCCGUAUCGAUGACAUGUUGAAUGUUUCUGGGCAUCUCAUGUCUACGGCAGAAGUAGAAAGUGUUUUAACAAGUCAUUCGUCGAUUGCCGAAGCCGCCGUAGUUAGCAAAAAUCAUCCUGUGAAAGGUCAAUGUCUUUAUUGUUUUAUUACACCUAAUGAAGGUAUCAAAUUUGAAAAGAAAUUACAGGACGAAAUUAAGCAAAGAGUGCGAGAAAAGAUUGGACCUUUCGCCCAACCGGAUGUUAUUCAACAUGCACCUGGCUUGCCAAAGACGAGAUCAGGUAAAAUUAUGAGGCGUAUAUUAAGGAAGAUCGCGGCUGGUGACAGAAACGUCGGUGACAUAUCAACUCUCGCCGACGAGACCAUCGUUGAUCUUCUUUUCCAACUUAGACCACAAGUCUAAACGAACCAAAAAUUAUAUAUAUAAUAUAUAUAUAUAAUAAGCUUUUCUGUUUAUCUGCUGUUUUUCAGUCGUGGCAACGAAUAUAUAUAUAUAAUAUGUGUGUGUAUAUAUAUGAUAUAUUAUAUAGUCUUUAGUAAGCUUUUUUUGCCUGCUGUUUUUCAAUCGUGGCAACGAAGACUAUAUAAUAUAUAUAUAUAUAUAUCAAUUAUAUAUUCAUUGCCACGAUUGAAAAACAGCAGACAAACAAAUAAAGCUUACUAAAAAUAUUUAUGAAAGCUUAUACAAAAAAUAUUGUUGAAGCUUAUAAAACAUUUUUACAAUUCUUCGUUUAUCCUUUUUUUUUGUUAUUAUAGCUGAACUAUUAUUAUUGUAUUAUAUUAUUACUUUUAUUAUUAUUAUUAUUAUCGGACUUCAGGUAUAGAUAUAUAUAUUGUACUAUCUCGACGAUUGGAAUUUAUUCUCAAAAAAUAAUGUUUUGUUCUCUCUUUUAAUUUAAAAAGAAAGUAAAAACGAUCAUUGUUAUUUUCGGAUGGUAUUUUUCUACUAUUAUUAUUAUAUCCUAAGUAUAUAGAUAUUUUUAUCGAACAUCGUUAUUAUUAUUAUUAUUAUUAUUAUUAUCAUUGUCGUUAUUAUUAUUGAUUUUCGUUAUUAAUAUUCUAAUUUAUUAAGAAGAUUUAAAGGAAUCUCCACGUAGUAUUCUUUUCACAUCUUAUAUUAAAAUGUUGUGCUCUUUAAAAAAGAAAGUCUUCUCUCGCACAUUUAAUAAAACAGUCCGUUGAAAGUUUAACUUUUUAUUACUUACUGAAACCAAAUAGAAAUAUGGUUGUCAUAGAUAUGAUUCUUUCUUCAGCAAUAAAAAAUACACUAGAGAAAAAAGAAUCAACGACAACAAUAACAUAUAUAAAAUGUCGUAAAAAAGUAUUUAAACGUCGUUUUAACAGAAUUUAUCGAAGUAUCGAUAAAGUCGAUCCGCUUCUCUUUUGUGCUUUACGAUUGAGAAAAAAAAUAAAUGAAGAAAAUUUUAUAGCGAGCCAGCGAUUAUAUUGAAUCGAUAGAAUGCCUAUCUACUCGAUUGAAAGAACGGAAAUGUACAACGAUGAGAUAUAGUAAUCGAUCGAUAAUUCAUUCGACGCUUAUUACUUUUAUGAAGAACGCAAAUAGAAAGAAAACAGAUUAUUUAUAUAUAUAUAUAUAUAUAUAUAUAUAUAUAUAUAUGUGUGUGUGUGUGUGUGUAUAUAUAUAAUAUGUAGACCUCGUAAUGAUAACCAUAAUUUUUAAGCCUCUUACAAUAAUUUAUCAAUAAACAAAAGUCAUAAUAAGAAAGAAUAAAAAUUUAUUAGUUUUUAAUCGGUAAUAAAUUAUAAUAAUAGUAACAAUUGCCAAACAUUUCUUUUUCGGUAAAAAAAGCAAGAUAAUCUUGACUUUUUGAAAUGGAACCAUUAUAUUUCUCCUUUUUUUUUUUACAAUAAAAUAUAGUACAGUAAAACAAAUUCAAUGAAUACACACAAUGUUAUUUUAAGUUUACAUUACUAUUCAAAAUAAACAAUUUAAAAUUUUAUGACACAUAAUUCUCCGUUAUUGAAUGAAUUCAUCAGAAUCUUAAACAAUAAACAAACGUAAUAAUAUACUAGCUAAAGUAGAUAUUCAGAUUAUAUUUCAACUCCGCAACUCGUUUUAUAAAUUAUUAUGUGUAGCAUCAAUUAUAUUGCAAUGUUUUACAUCCAUAGAACGUGUUAGAUUGUAACUCGUAAACAUACGGAAGAAUUAAAUAAUCAAUUAAAAUAUCUUUUGUAACACCAACCAUUAAUAUUUACAUUUAGUCAAUUAUCGUUAUUGUAAUUUAUUGGCAGUUAGAAGCUAUCAAAUUUCUAUUUUUUUGUCAGAUUAUUGUUAAUCAUAGUUAUCGUUACGAGGAAUAUUUUGUAUAUAUGUAUAUAUGUGUGUAUAUAUAUAUAUAUAUAUAUAUAUAUAUCCACAUUUACAUAUA